UCUUAGUAAACACAAAAAAACGAAAUGAAAAAAAUAGAAUUAUCAUAAUUACAUAUCUAAAAUUAUGUUACAGAUUUGAUAUACAUUUUUGAGGCACUUUUUUGUGUACUGCUUGCCUUGCUUGGGUGACUAAAAACCUACAUACUUUCCUCCUUUGCCUGGACUGCCUAUUGUCUCAUGUAGACAUGGUGGUGAUAUGAAGCCAGGUCUAUGAUGAUCGCCAGCCCCUCUAUCAAAUUGGGAUAUAUAAUAAACUUUAUACAUCAUUGUGAAACCGUGAUCAUGCACAAGCUUAAUUUCCACUCUCAGUUAGCCACCAAAGGACAGAGACACAUCCUUAAGCAACUGACAACAAGGAACUCAAAUCAUAAGCAAUCAAGUCAAACAAGCUAACAACCUAACAGAAUGUUCAUGUGCAAUGCAUAUUCAGACAUUUCUCACCUAUUUUAUCACGUGACAACAACAAACUCCACUCAGUUUAGCAUCUUUACUGUGCACAUGCAGUGCCUAAAUUAUUGCACACUCACUUAGCACUUCCUCUCAAGUGUGUAAUUUCCUGUUCCAGGAAAUACAUGCAAGCAAAUUUCAUAAAGACACAGCUUCUGCACCUUCUUCUGUGGUAUUUUGUGCUUUAAAGCAUGGGGAGCGCGGUGAAGAUGUUACUGCGGGUUUGGAUUAUCCUGCACUCGGGGUUGUGUGCAGUCUCACUGCCAGAAAUCACUGAUCGAAAGUUCAUUGAUGAAUGUGUGAGGGAGCACAACAAGGCGCGGUCAUCUGUCAGUCCAGCUGCUGCUGAUAUGCUGUACAUGACAUGGGAUGAGGGCUUGGCCAUCACUGCAAGAGCAUGGGCGAGAAUGUGUGUGUUUGAACACAACAAGUACCUCGACGAUGUCCGCCGCGUGCACCCUACUUUCUCCUCUGUGGGAGAAAACAUAUGGGCUCGCAGCUCACCCCAUUUUGAUGUGUCGGGGGCCAUAAAAAGCUGGGUGGAUGAAAAACAAGAAUAUGACUACAACCGCAAUGUCUGCACAGGUGUCUGUGGCCACUACACACAGGUUGUGUGGGCGAGCAGCUACAAGGUUGGUUGUGCCGUCCAGCUGUGCACGAACGGUGUCAAAAACACAGUGUUUGCUUCCAAAGAGGGUGUCUUUUUUGUAUGCAACUAUGCUACAGCGGGGAAUGUGAACGGAAGGCGACCCUAUGACAAUCAAGGUGCAGCCUGCUCUAAAUGCAAAGGAACCUGUGAGGAGAACCUCUGCCAUAGCCAAGAACGAGAUUCACAAAAAAGCUACAACUGGACCCCAGACUGGGCCAGUGCUCAAGCGAACAGUGGCUCCAACUAUGUGACUAUUCUGGUUGUUCGGCCCAUUGCCCUCAUCUUCACAUUCAUCACGGCAUAUGCAGUCCGCCACUUUUAUCCCGACGUUUUCUGCUAUGAAUAAACCACUGUGCUGACCUGAAGGACAUGGACUUAUUCAGCCAGUGCUGAGAUGUAUUUAUGAGAUUAAUUAAACCUUUCUAUUGGCAGCCUUUGUGUCACAUCAGACCUGUACAUAAACUGUACAAUGCAUGCAUUUACCAAACAGCGUCUCUGUAGUGACACACUGAACCACAGAUUUAAAAAAUCUCAACUAAACCUGUAGGAUUGGGAGAGUAAACUACAGUGAAAAACCUG